CUUCAGGAUGGAAAAUGAUCUUUCCUGUGUUGUUUGCUAUGAUCUGUACAAAGAUCCUGUCUUAAUCGAUUGUGAUCACUGUUUCUGUCGAUCCUGUAUAACUCAGUACUGGGAGCAAGUGGCCACUGCCCCUUGUCCUGUCUGUAGACAGGAGGCUUCCUCCAGGACCCUGAGACCAUUCCGCAUCCUCGCUGACAUCGUGGAGACAUUUAUAAAAACUGAGAAAGCUGGUGAAAUUCGGCGGGAAUGCAGCCUACACAAAAAGCAGUUAAAAUUAUUUUGUCAAACUGACAAUCAGCUCAUCUGCAUCAGCUGUAUGAUUUCAAAAGAUCAUCAAAACCAUGAGGUGCUGCCAGUGGACGAAGCUGCUGAAGAGUUUAAGGUGAGGGGACACCGGGUAACCCACGCCAGUGACCUGCUCCGGGCUGCACAGUCCAUGCAGUACCUCUGUCGGGGGCCUCACAGCGCCCAAGCGACGACUCAGCAGCCGCCUCCGGAGCCCAUGCCAAGCGCCUCUCACCAAUCAGCUCCCUCGGCCAGCCGUCGCUCCGAGACUCAGUCCCCACCACGUUCCGGGUAUGCGGACAAAUUGAGGACUUUGAUGAAACUGAUUCUGGACAAGCAGCAGGAAUGUAACACAGUGCAGAGUGAUUAUGAGAAAACAUUCACUCACAUUCAGCGUCAGUGUGUAAAUACAGAAGAACAGAUUCAAGCCGAAUUUGAAAAACUUCACCAGUUCCUUCAUGAGGAGGAGAGGAUUGUGUUGGAAGAUCUGAAACUGGAAAAAGAAAAAAACAUUCAGGAGAUGAAGGAGAGGAUUGCAAAGAUAACAGAAGAAAUCUCAUCACUUUCAGUCACUCUCCAGGAUAUUAAACGAGAGCUAAGUGAACAAGACGAUGUCAAGUUUUUAAAGAGAUUUCAGGAUAUACAGAAAAGAGUGAAGCAACCCCUCCCAGAGCCACAGAAGGUUUACCCUUUAAUAAAUGUAGGCAAGUACAUCGGCUCCCUGCAGUACAGAGUGUGGAAAAAGAUGCUGACAGUGAUUAAUACAGCUCCAGUCACCUUGGACCCGAAUACAGCAGCCCCUUCCCUUAGACUGUCUGAGGACCUGUGCACUGUGAGAUACAUCGGGAGUCGGCAGCAGCUUCCUAGGAAUCCAGAGAGAUUUGAUCCCUACGUCUUCGUCUUGGGAUCAGAGGGCUUCACAUCAGGGAAACAUUCCUGGGAUGUGGACGUAGGGAACAAAACUGAGUGGAAUGUGGGUGUAGUCAAGGAGUCCUGCAUCAGGAGGGAGAAAUUUAAACUGACUCCAGGUGAUGGGUACUUGACAGUGAACCUGAAAAGUGGACACGAGUAUUUAGCUUGUGAUAAACCGCCAAAACUCUUAGAGCUGAGUGUGCAGCCCAGAAAGAUUCGUAUCUGCUUGGACUAUGAGGGAGGGAAGGUGUCCUUUUAUAACUCAGAGAACAAGAGCCAUAUCUACACUUUCACUGGGACAUUCACUGAGAAACUCUAUCCUUCCUUCAGCCCAUCGAUCACUUAUGGGGAUAAAAACGUAGAAGCAUUGAAAAUCUGUCCCCAGAGAGUAACAAUCCGGUAG